AUGGCUCGACCCCUUAUUUGUAAAACAACUGAGGCUAAAAUAGUUGCUGCACGUGAAAAGCGAGCCCGCUAUUAUGCUAAUCACAGAGAUAGCAUUCUUAAGAGACGCCAGGAGCUUCAUAGCUCCAAAAGCAAGCAAGCACGGGCAGAGGCAAAACAAUCAAAGGAACUCAGCAAAGCUAUUGCAAAAGCCUUGCGUUCCAGCGACACUGACUCUGAGUCUGACAAUGAAUCCGACAACUCAUCAGAUGAGGACGAAAAUAAGCUAAACGACCUUCCGGAAUGUCUACUUGUCAUUAAAAACAUCAAGGACAACAUGUUGAAAACGAUCGGCGAUGACCCUUGUGUAUUUGCACAGGGCAUCUUACAGGCCUAUGUCCAGAGCAUGAUGGUGGAUGAUUGCUCCACCAAGGGUGAUAUCUCCAUCAUCGAAUCUGCAAUGGUCAAGGUUCAAAAAUCACUCGACGAUACAAUUGCCGCACAAGAUCAGAUACUCAACUUUUGUGGUAUCUCACCUGAGUGGCAUGCUGCUGACUCGCUUUCAUUAGUAAGCAGCUCACGUCAUCAGGAAAAUGAUACUCCACGAGAGAAUCGUGACGAGCACCAGUACAAACACGCUAGCUUUGAGCAGAGCUUGAGUGGUCGCCUUUCAGUGUCUACUGCAUAUUACAUGGUGUCUGAUCCAUCCAAACAACCCCAGGAAGCAGGCACAGUAGACGACACUUUGAUCGAGGAGUUUGAUUUUUCAGAUAUCCAAGCUGACCACUACUUCAGUGACAAUUCUGAGGAACCGAUCACAUGGAAAUGGACAGCAGCGGACGAUCCUCUCCGCGUAUGGUACUCUGAUGCCAAACUAUUUCUUGAAGAGUUCAUUCGCCUUGAGGGCCAUGGAAGCCACACUCAAGAUAGCUGCUUCUGUGGCAGCAAUGAACCAUCCCUGUACAGAUGCAAGGAUUGUCAUGGCAUUGAACUAGUGUGCCGCCACAACCCAACUCCACCAUUGAAUGAUGAUUUUGUCAUUGUCGACGUCAAUGGUGUUCAUGCCAUCGCACUUGAUUUCUGUGGUUGCCAAACUGCUCAACUCCAUGUUACUCAACUACUCCAAGUGCGCUUAUUCCCUGCAACAACCAUCAAACCUAAGACCGCCACAACAUUCCGUGUCCUUGAAUACUUUCAGAUUCUGUCGUUCAAAUCAAAAGUGUCUGCCCUCGAGUUCUAUCAGACGGUGGCGCGAUUGACUGACAACACAGAAUGGCACUUUUUGAAGCAGAUCAAACGGUCCGGCCAGGGCCAUCAACCUGGAACCAUUGCUGCUAUGGAACCUGGUGCCUGUGCAGUUAUAUGCCCAGCUUGCCCCCAUCCAGGAAAGAACUUACCGGAUGGAUGGGAAAAUGCUCCGCCUGAGUCAAGGUUCUUGUAUGCGCUCUUCCUUGCGAUUGACGCAAAUUUUCGACUUGCUCGGUGGAAUUUUUCCUCAGAUGCUGUUGAUCCUGGACUCAACCAUGGCUACGCAUUUUUUGUCGAGGAAACAGCGUACAAAUCUUUUUUAAAUUCACGCAGAGGAAUAUCUCAAGAGCGCCCAAACUCCGUUGGUGACUUACAAAAAGGCGAAAGGUAUAUUAAUAUGGAUUACAUGUUCUUUUCGAGCAUGCAGUCAGCGUCAAUGCUCCAGGUGAUCAACAUAUCCUACAACAUCGCAUGUCAAUGGAGCAAGAACCUCCGGACUUGCAUGUCCGCUUUCCCUCAGCAGCAUCACCUGGCUCACAACACGAAAACCAUAACAUUUCUAGUACCAAAGUUCCAUCUUCCUGCUCACAUCUUGAGUUGUCAGACUACCUAUUCAUUCAAUUUCAUCAAGGGGGUCGGGAGAACCAAUGGCAAGGCCCCAGAAUGUGGAUGGGCCGACAUCAAUCCUAUUGCAACUAGCACUCGUGAGAUGGGUCCGGGUUCAAGGUGCGACACCCUCAAUGACCAUUUCAAUGACUGGAACUGGAAGAAAGUGUGCUUGAUGGGUAAAACUCUUGCCUGUAAGCUCAAGGCUGCCUUACCGGAGGUUCUUGAGCGCAGGCGUGACUUAAACGACUUUGAGGCUGCACUCGAUUCCAGCCAGUUAGCUUGCUGGAAGGAGGACGUCGUGGCUUGGGAAGCUGAACGUUCCAAACCAAAUCCUUUCGAACUAAAGGUCACCAGGCUAGAUCUUGAAGACCAGCAGCGAUGUCUUGCAUUUGAGGCCGGGAAGAUCGGACAACAUGCCACCAAUGCUCAACAAGUGACGUUGAUCCAAUGCAUCAAUUCCCUUCAUCAACGCAUUGACACAUGGUCAUGUGUACAACUAUUGUACAUGCCAUUGUCCCAUUUGUAUAAGUACAAAGACACUUUUAUUCGCGGUCAAUGUGCAAACACUCAUGCAACUGGAAUAAUCAACAAUGUGGACAACCGGAUUGAUGCCCUCACUGCCAAAUACAACGCAGCGCGGAAUGUGCUUGUCAACCUAGCACCAAGGUUGCACAAGGACGACAACUGGCUACUCACUUUCAAGCCACUCGAUCGCGCAAAAGAUGCUGUCCUGCUGAGACAAGACAAUGGCACAACAGUUGGUCAACAAACAGUGUCCUGGAUCUGGAAGACACGUGGAGUGUCAGAUAACAUGGAGUUUGGCUUACAGGACUGGCCAGAGCUUGAGCACAUUGAUGGGAAGAAGAGGUGCAGCUACUGCAUGAAGAAAUGA